GCGGGCGGGAGGCCCCGACCCGCCGGGAACCGGCACCGAGAGCCGGGAACCGGGCACUGAGAGCCGGAACCGGCACCGGGAACCCGACACUGCGAGCCGGGAACCGGCACCGCCAACCGGACAUUGAGAACCGGGAACCGGACACCGGGAACCGACACCGGGAACCGGACACUGACAGCCGGGAACUGGCACCGGGAACUGACACCGGGAACCGGGAACCAGACAUUGGGCACCGGGUACCUGGAACCAGACGCCGAGAAUCGGACACCAGGAACCGGCACCGGGCACCGGACACCGGGAACCGGCAUCGGGAAUCGGGAAACAGAUACUGGGAACCGGCACCGGGCACCGGACAUCGGACACUGGACACCGGGAACCGGCACCGGGAAGCAGGAACCAGACGUCGGACACCGGGACAUCGAAGACCGAACACCGGACGUCGUCACCGGGCAUCGGCAUCGGGGACCGGGCACUGGUAGCGCCUGCGGGAGCCCGCCGGGCAGGGAGAGGCGCCGGGGGAAGCGGGACCCUCCGCCUGGCCCCGCCCCGUCCAGCCCCGUCCCGCCCCGUCCCGUCCCGCCGGGGGCACCGGAGAAGCCCCGGUCCCGGUCCUGGCGCCGCUCUCCCCGAGUCAGGCUGCAGAGAUGGACACCUUCAGCACCAAGAACUUGGCCCUGCAGGCCCAGAAGAAGCUCCUGAGCAAAAUGGCCACCAAGACCAUCGCCACCGCCUUCAUCGACGACACGAGCAGCGAGAUCCUGGAUGAGCUGUACCGGGCCACCAAGGAGUACACCCACAACCGCAAAGAGGCCCAGAAGAUCAUCAAAAACCUCAUCAAGAUCGUGAUGAAGCUGGGGGUUCUCUACCGCAACGGGCAGUUCAGCCCCGAGGAGCUGCUGGUCAUGGAGCGGUUCCGCAAGAAGGUCCACACCUUGGCCAUGACGGCCGUCAGCUUCCACCAGAUAGACUUCACCUUCGACCGCAGGGUCAUGUCCGGCGUCCUCACCGAGUGCCGGGACCUGCUGCACCAGGCGGUCAACGGGCACCUGACGGCCAAGUCCCACUCGCGCAUCAACCACGUCUUCAACCACUUUGCGGACUACGAGUUCCUGUCGGCUCUGUACGGCCCGGCCGAGCCCUACCGCACCCACCUCAAGAGGAUCUGCGAAGGGGUCAACAAGAUGCUGGAGGAGGACAGCAUCUGAGGGUGGGCUCCUGGCAGCCGGACUCUGCCUCCCGCGAGGCCGAAGAUGUGAUGUCUGCUUUGGUCUUCACCGGGCUCGCCAUCCCCUCCUCCUCCUCCCCUGCAGUGCUCACUUGUGUUCUCCUCGUUUCUCCAAGAGACUGAACCUCUUGACUUUGUCUCCCCCUUGCCCAGGGUCUGCAAACCCCUCCCUGCGCUGGGCUGAGCCCUCUCCAGGGGAUCCUGGGAUUUUGGGCCCCUGCUGUACAGUUUGAUUUCCUUUGCCCACCAAGUGCCUUUAGCUCAGAGUCCAAGGAUUUGGACUCUUUGCCUCGAACUCUGUUGUAUCCCUCUGCGGGGAAACUGAACCAAAGACUCGUGGUGUGAAGCACCUCUGAGGUGUCUCUGAGCAGGUGGGACGUUGUUGGGGUGAACAGUUCGGAGACCCCGUAACUGGAGGGUUGUGGAACUCUCUGGUUUCCUUCCAGCAGCUCCACAACGUGGUGGGAGCAAAUCAUGGUGCAGGAAGGUGCUCCUGCCUGAGCUUAGGUGUCCUCAAAGACAAGUCCCUGAGACCAGGAGGAUCCCUCCUCACCUGGGGGAGAGCUGGGAGGGAGCUGGGGGGAGCUGCUCCAUCCCUGGAUCCCUGGAACCACCCAACACCCAACUGCCCACCAGGCUCCUGUGGUGGUGCCACCUGGCAGCUCCAGCGCUGUCCUUGGUGGUCAUCCAAAGCUCCCCUGGGAUUUCAUCCCUUUUCCAUGCCCUUGACUGAGUGAUGUUCGUUUUUAGCAAUCUCUGUAGCCCUGAUGAGUUGUUUAAAUAAACUCACCUGUGUGGCCUGGGA